GCUCAGGCUCUGCCUCGCAUUAGGGCUACGGAUUGGCGUCUUCACAAAUCGUCAAAAGAAGACAAACACUUAGACAUAAACCCAAUAGGAAAAGAAAGAACCACGAGCAUAAACUGAUUCAAUCGUUUUCACGAACAUAUUCUUGCUAUUCACCAUCGAUAUUAUAGUUGACGAUCCACAACCACAGCCAACUACAAGAAAAAUCACAGCAAAGAUGGUCCGUCCUCGACUCGGUGAAGUCGCUUUCUUUAUAUGCGACAUGCAGGAAAAGUUCGCUGGUCUGAUCGAUGAUGCGCAGACGCAUAUUUCUGCAGCAGAGGCGCUCAUCAAGGCCGCACAGACAUGGGGUGCGCCAUUGCUUGUGACGGAACAGUAUCCAGAGAAGCUGAGCCAUUUAUGUACUUGGUGCUUGUGACGGAACAGUAUCCAGAGAAGCUGAGCCAUUUAUGUACUUGGGGGUGCUUGUGACGGAACAGUAUCCAGAGAAGCUGAGCCAUUUGUGUACUUGGUGCUUGUGAUGGAACAGUAUCUUCCUGAGAAGCUGAGCCAUGUGUGUAGUGUGUAUAGGAAGCUCUUUCUGCUACUUCUGAGGGUGCAGUGCAUUGUUCUUUUUUGUCUGGGUGCCAGUGCCUGCACUAGUGAUAGAGACUUCAUGGAAUAGAAGUAGUAAUUCUUGAACUUUUAUUUUUGAAGUGACAGUGAGAGUAAAUAUCUGCUUUAUAAUAGGGUUUCGUCGAUCUCGAUGGGCCUGCUCUAACUUCAACCGUUCCGCGAUUACGACAACUGAUCACCUCAUCAGACCAGGACGUCAACUCAAAAGUUGUCUUCUCAAAGACCGACUUCAGUAUGGUGACUGCAGAUACAAAGCCAGUGAUCGAGAAUUACAAGACUUUUGGGACCGCGAAAACUAUCGUGCUUUGUGGUUGGGAAACCCACGUCUGCGUUUUGCAAACUUGCUUAGACUUGUUAAGGCUAACCUUAACGUAUUGAAACUUUCCUAUUGGUAUUGAAAUAAUUGUACGUAGAUGUUGAACAACUCGCACUUCUACUUGUACUCGUUUCUCCUGUAGUAAAAAAGCAGGAGGGAAGAGAGAGCAGAUAAUAUUUAUUGACUAAAUUAUGACCCUUUAACCCGCUGCUUCUUUUUCACGACGAAAAUCAGUAACUGACUUCUGCAGAUCCCACCAUGAUUACCACAUGAUCUUCUUCUAAUCACACUCGAGCUCGGCUUCGGCGUCUGGGUUGUGGAAGAUGCUGUGGGGUCACAACGGAAUAGGGACAGGGCAGCCGCAAUCGGGUUGAUGCGACAAGCCGGCGCUUGCAUUACCACGCUAGAAAGUGUACUGUUCUUGAUCAUGAAAAGUAAAGACCAUGAAAAAUUCAAAGAAAUUCAAGCACUGGUAAUUUCACAUGCAAAGAAUGUUAAAGCAAUAGGGGCUUCCGCUUCCACCAGCACAAACGGUAUUGCCGGGACAGCUGCAGGGACAGGGGCUGCUGCAUUGUAGUACUACAACUGGAUUGGACCUUCAUCUUCAUAUCUAUUGUUGACGAGAGAAACUCAAUUUUUCAGACUCAACUACAACUGAUGUUGUUGACAUCAAGAGAAACUCGCACUCAGUUUUCUAGAAAAUUUUAUCCAGGCAUAUUAUUGCAUGUCGUGAAGCAGCCUUGUGCUUUCACACAUUCAACUCUGCGUGUAUUCACUGAAAUACAAACGAUAAUACCC